AAAAAAAAAAAAAAAAAAAAAAAGGCCCUCCCAGUCCCUAGGUCAUAGCUAUUUCUUUAAUUCAUCUAGAGCCCACAUUGCACGUGGUGUUAGAUAGGAAUCCAGCCCUAUUAUUCUCCAUUUAAUGAGCCGGUUUUUCCAAUAAUAUAUCCAAAAACCCCAUGCUUUCCUCCAUUACAUUGUGGUACCCUCUUUCUCCUAUAUGGUUCCCAUGGAUACACCAGUCUAUCUCUAAGCCUCUAUUCUGUUACGUUAGUUUGUCAGUUCUUGCUCUGUUUUUUAUUGCUCUGAUUUUAUUACAGUGAUUUGGUAAUACAUCCUCAUGACCGGCACAAGUGCCCCAUCUCUGUUCUUCAUUUUUAAGUUUUCUUAGCUACUUCUGUGCCAUUAUUUUUCCAUAUAACAUUUGGAAUAUGUUUAUCAAGUUCCUCAAAUUUUUUGAGGAAUUUUUAUUGGGAUUACAUUGAAUUUAUCAAUUAUUUGUGAGAGGCUUGACGUCUUUUUGAUAUUAACUUAUUUCAUUCAAGAGUAUGUAAUGUGUUUCUCCAUUUAGCUUAUUUUUUUCAGAAUUUUUGUUUUAUUUGGAAAUAAUUUAAAACUAACAGAAGAGUUCUAAGAUUAGUACAAAGAGCUCCUGUAUAUCCCUUACCUAGAUUCACCAGAUGUUACCAUCUUGCCAUAUUUGCUUUAUUACUCCCUCUCUUCAUUUCUAUGCAUUUUUCUGACUCAUCUGAGUUAUUAGUUGCGGACAUCAUGACCCUUUACCCCUAAAUACUUCAUCAGUUCAUUUCUAAGUCCUUUAUUAGAACUUCAAAGUUUUCUCCAUAAAGGUCUAAGAGUAUAUUCUUGGUUAAAUUAAUUUCUAAUACUUGAUAGUUUUGUUGCUAUUGUGAAUCAUGUCUAUUUCUAUUACUAUUGUUUUCUAGUUGGCUAUUGGUAAUUUAAGAGAAAAGGUAUUGAUUAUUGUAAGCUGAUCUUGUAUUUCACAGCCUGGCUUCACUGUCUUAUUCAAAUAGCCUCCUGUUUUCUGUUGUUUCUUUUCCCCCAUAGUUAAUCAUAUCCUUUGAAAAUAGUGAUAGUUUUGUUGUUCCUUUCUCAUCCUUAUACUUCUUAUUUAUCUCUCCUUUACAGCACUGACCAGAACUUCCAGGACAAUGUCCAAACAGUUGCUAUGCUAGUGAACAUCUUUGUGUUGUUCUCAGUCUUAAAGAGAAUGAGUCUAAAGUUUCAUGUAAUGUUUGUUUUAGGUUUUAGGUGUACCUUUGUCAGGUUAAGGUGUUCUCCUCUAUGUAUUCCUAGUUUACUGAGCAUUUUCAUCAUAAAUGGAUAUUAAGCCUUGUCAAAUACUCUUUCAGGAUUUGUCUCCAAAGAAAUAAGAUGGCAUCAGGAGGCUGCAACCCAAAAUCCUAAGCUAAGCUUAAGCUUCAAGGAUAAGAAGAUUAAUAAAAGUCUUCAAUAUUUCUGAACCCUAUGUAUAUAAAUUUAUGGUAAACAUCUCACAAUUCCAAUAUAAGCUUAUUUCACCGUUAGAUCAGCUUUUUCCUCCUGCUUUGAGUCAGAAUUUAAAAAGCUGUUGUGAAGAAUGAGAGCGCCAUAUUCAGCAUAACUGUAGUCGUCAGCAUGAUUGUAAAUAUAAGAUAUGUAAAAUUAUAGUUUCCUUACUCUGUGGAUCACUCUCUGCUCCGGGUAUAAAUCUCACCUAAGUAUAUCUCACAAAAUAUUGACAUGCUUCAGCAGAUAGUUCUUUAGCAGCCAUAACUGCUAGGGUGCUGUGCAGUAGAGUCUCAGGGCUAUCUCUUUUGGUUCAUGAUUGGGUUUUUGGUUCUUUUUUAAGCUAUUUUCCCCUAAUUAUAAAAAUUAUACCUCUUAAUUGUAGAAAAUUUGCAAAUAGAAAUGCAAAUCUUUAAUCCUGCCUUUUAGCAUCAACCGCUGUUAAAAUGUUUAUUUCUCUCUCUCUGAUCUUUUUUUGGGGGGUGGGAAUAGAGGGGCUACUUUGUGGAGGAGGAGAAUGCACCUAACAUUGGGCUAUAUAAUUUUGUAUCACCCCUCCUUUUUCAGCCUUAGGUCAUCAACUCUUGUUUGUCUUGCUUUGAUUGAUCUUCCCAAAAAAAGCAAUAAGAAAGAUAUGAUUAGCUUAUAGGGCUGGGGUUACAGUUUGCUGACGACUUGGACAUUUCGAACAGGCUGUGUGGGAGUGCACAGGCAGCCCGGCCUCAGAGUAUGGAGAAGUCAUGGGCCACAGGCCAGCAGACCGAAGACUAGCUUGGAGAAGAGGAAGGGGAGAAGUCUAUGUGAUGUCACUUUGCUUCAGUUCAGUUGGCACCUUCCUUCUUUAGACCACAUUUGCAUUCAUCUUUCAGAAAAUAAAAAGUAUGAGGAAAAUAGUUGUAAUUUAUCUUCUUUUGACCCUGAAAUAAACCCAACGCUGUUGUCUUGUUUCCCUAAUCACCUUCUGUCUGCUAAUGUGGUGACUGGUGAGGGAGUGUGGUCAUAAAUUGCAGGAAGUGACAGAAUUUUUAAGUUAACAUUCUUAUCAGCUGGUAGAUUCAAUAUCCAACUGCCCUCUCCUCCUCACUCCUCCCCCCCCUUCACCCUGCUUCUUCAUUUUGCCAAAACACCUGUCACUUCCUAAAAUGCUGUUGUCUGCCUUCCCCAUCCCUCAAGGAGGAAGUUCUUCAAGGGCAUGAACCUUUGUUUCAUUCACUGAUAAAUCCCAAACACCUUUUAGCCUUGCCUGGUACAUAGCAUGCCCUCAACAGAUGGAACCCACAAAAUGAGUCAGUCUGUAAGGAGGCAGCUCUGUGAUACAGAGAGGGGAAAUCUUAAGGGAGGGGUAAGGGAAGAAAGUUCUCUUAGCCUCCUUUAAAUGCAUGGGUUCAAUAAACUAGUAGAGUCCCCAUUUCUUCCUUGACCUUGUAAGCGUAACUGUCAACCCAGCCACAGAGCUAAUUUCUCUACAUCUGUUUGAGCUGCUCCUGUGGGGUCUGUGGUUUCUGAAAGUGGAGUGUGAGUGUCUGUGUUGCUGACAAGCACAUGGUGGGAGUAGGGCCCCAGAGAGAAUAGUCACUGCUGACGUUCUAGCCAUGGGUUCUGGGCCCAGCACACACUCUGCAUUGUUUUCAUGAGGUGAUUGAUUCUCUUACGAUAAAUGAUCUGUCCCAUCAGCAGAAAAAGUUGCAGUGAAUGUGCCGAGUUGUGCUGAACUCCCAGCCUCACACCCCGUGUCCUCCCGCUUUCUAGUUUAUUCUUUCCUCCCAUCCCCAGCUGUGCAGAAACCUUUGGCAUUUCUGUCUCAUUUCUGGAUCUGGUUCAGGAUUGUCAUGAUGAAUAGUCAUGCUGCAUAUACCUGGUCACUUUAUUAUAAAGCAAGGCUCAAUCAUAUGAAAUUGCGCUCUGUAGGGUGCUAAAAAAAAAAAAACAAAAAAAACUGGGUUGCCACAAAUACACCAAAAUGCUGUCCUGGAGCCCAGUGCCAUAGACCCAGUCUAUCUUGUAUAGACCAUUGUCUGAGUCAUGGCCCUGAAAUAUUACUUUACUGUUAUCUUGCUUACUAUUAUUCUACUGCUUGACACUUGUUACCUGGCCCUCGAAUCUGAUCCAGACUGUCCAUAUAUAUUCUAAUUUACUUCCAUGUCUCUAUUUUCUACUCUAAUCAGAUAUGUCUCUUUUUCUUUCCUACAACGAUGAUGAUAGCAAUAAGUAUAUUAUUAAUUAUAAUUAUGAAUAUGUCUUUGGUUUCACUAGCAGUCUGAAGUCAAAUGAAGGGAAAGGAAUAUAAAACAACAUCAAUAAUAUAAUAACAGCAGCUAAUAUUUUAGCCAGUCAUAGUACUAAAUGCAUUCCUAUUUAAUCUUCAGAACAAUUUUAUAAGGAAGGUGCUGUUGUAAUCCUCAUUUUGCAUAUGGAGAAACUAAGGUACAAAUUGGUUAAGAAACUUGCCCUAAAGUUUAUAUUGCUGUUAAGUGAUAGAACAGGAAAUCAAACUCACAUCUGUUUUUCUCCAAAGCCCACCCUCUUAACCAGUGUGCCAUAGCAGGCCUCAGGUAAGCAGGUGACUGAAGAACAAGAGUGACUUAUAUGGUCACAUGGUUAUUGACAGUUGUGCUUUUUUCAUGUUCGCUGAACUACUCACCAGUGCUCUGUGAGAUGUGAAGGGGCUGGGAGGAUUUUGUCUGCAGCUGGGACUGCUCAGGAAGCUCCUCCCCAGAUCCUGUGUCGUCGACUUUACAGUCAGAAACGGGUGGCACCUCAAAAAGGGAAAGGCUCUGAAACUACAAAUCCAGGUUAUAGAAGAUGGAGGCCGGCUCAGUGGUUCGAGCCAUCUUUGACUUCUGCCCUAGCGUAUCAGAAGAACUGCCGCUCUUUGUAGGAGAUGUUAUUGAGGUAUUGGCAGUGGUGGAUGAAUUUUGGCUUCUAGGAAAGAAAGAGGAUGUGACAGGACAGUUCCCCAGCAGUUUUGUGGAAGUUGUUACCAUUCCCAGUCUAAAAGAGGGCGAGAGACUGUUUGUCUGUAUCUGUGAAUUUACAUCCCUAGAAUUGAACAGCCUUUCCCUCCAUCGAGGUGACCUAGUGGUUCUCGAUGGCACUCCCACUGCCGGCUGGCUGCAGGGCCGGAGCUGCUGGGGUGCCCGGGGCUUCUUCCCAUCCUCAUGUGUUAGGGAGCUCUGCCUCUCCUCACAGAGUCGGCAGUGGCACUCACAGAGUGCCCUGCUCCACAUUCCUGAGUAUUCAAUGGGACAAGCCCGGGCACUGAUGGGGCUCUCUGCCCAGCUGGAUGAGGAGCUGGACUUCAGAGAAGGGGAUGUGAUUACCAUUAUUGGAGUUCCUGAACCAGGCUGGUUUGAAGGGGAGUUAGAGGGUCGAAGAGGCAUUUUUCCGGAAGGUUUUGUAGAGCUUUUGGGGCCCCUGAGGACUGUGGCUGAGUCAGUAAGUUCUGGAAAUUGCGAUGACUGCAUUACUAAUGGUGAAGUAGAUACCAACACAGGAGAAGAGAGACAGCCAGAAGAGGAAAGCGAGCAGCCAGGCACCUACGGGAUUGCCCUCUACAGAUUCCAAGCCCUGGAGCCAAAUGAGUUGGAUUUCGAAGUAGGCGAUAAAAUCCAAAUCCUGGGGACCCUGGAAGAUGGCUGGCUAGAAGGAUCACUGAAGGGCAGGACAGGCAUCUUUCCUUACCGCUUUGUAAAGUUAUGUCCUCAAACAAGGGUGGAGGAAACCAUGGAUCUGCCGCCGGAAAGCAGCCUCACCAACAUCCCUGACACAUCUUUGGAUUGUUCAGAGAACUUAGAAGUGGAAGGAAAAAGACAUGAAUCUCAUGAGUGUAAAGCAGAAAAGUCCAGCUCAGUUAUUUCUGAAACAUCCACUUCCGCACUGGAGCAUCUGACUUCUGAGUAUGAAGAAGACAAAAACUCUCACUGGGAUGCGGGCACCUCAGAAGGGCCCCCAAGAAGCACAGGUUCAGGGCACGAACAGCUUCUUGCCAGAUACUCUUCCACAAAGGAUCCUUCGGAGGUGGUCAAUGGUGUUGCGUCCCAAACUCCAGUACCUUUUCAUCCCGAAUUGCAGAAAAACCAGUAUUAUUCUAUAGGAGGAGGAAGCAACCCCCGCCCCGACCAGUACUCUGACCCUCUUCCUCUAGAAGCAAGGACUAGAGACUACUCCAGCCUACCUCCCAGAAGAACAUACUCCCAGCCGAAAACCCUUCAGAAUCCAGUGCCACCUCUUCAUAGCACCUUUUCCCAUUUAGCCUCCAGGGCAGUCAGACCCAGCCAGUUGAGCCCUCAGCUCCAGGGCGUGGCGAGGUGUGUCAAAAAGCACCUCACACCCAAAGAAAAUGCUUCCAGCUUUUGCUCUGCAUCAGAGAGAUCAGAGAUGAAGCCUGGUCUGCAAGACAAGGCACCUGCUGUGGAAGCAAUGGCACUUUCACAGGGAGAUGGCAACACGGACCUGGAUUCUAAGUUGACACAACAACUGAUAGAGUUUGAGAAGAGCUUGUCAGGGCCUGGCACAGAACCAGAUAAAAUUUUGCGCCACUUUUCAAUCAUGGACUUUAACUCCGAAAAGGAUAUUUUCCGAGAUUCCUCGAAGCUAAUCAUCCAGCAGGAGCUGCCCGAGAGGCGAAAGGCUCUAAGGCCACCGCCACCCCGUCCCUGUACUCCAGCAUCCACUCCUCCCCAUUUGCCAGUGGACCAGAGCCUGAGACCGGAACCACCCUUGGCAAUGCGACCCUCUCGCCCCGCUCCCCUGCCUCCCUUGGCCCAGCAGAGAACGAAUGCAGUACCCCCCAAGCUCCUAACCUGUAACCGUCCUGGCUGGGAGACCCUAGAAAAGGAGGGCCCUGAGAACAUGGAGAAGACUUUGGACCAGACUUCCCAGUGUCCCUUAGUCUUGGUGAGGAUUCAGGAGAUGGAACAGGACUUGGAUAUGUGCUGCAGGGCUCAAGAAGAGCUGAACUUACUGCUGGAGGAGAAGCAAGAGGAAUCACUAAGGGCAGAGACCCCUGAGAAUCUUGAGUUCUACGAGAGUAACAUUGAGAGUUUGAACAUGGAACUCCAGCAACUUAGAGAAAUGACACUCCUCUCCUCCCAGUCUUCAGCACUAGUGGCCCCUUCUGCGUCUGUGUCCACUGAAAGCCCAGAGCAGAGGAUGCUGGAGAAGAGAGCCAAGGUGAUAGAGGAACUUCUUCAGACGGAGAGAGACUACAUUCGGGAUCUGGAAAUGUGCAUUGAGCGGAUCAUGGUACCCCUGCAGCAGGCACAGAUACCAAAUAUUGAUUUUGAGGGACUUUUUGGAAAUAUGCAGAUGGUGAUUAAGGUCUCAAAGCAAUUAUUGGCUGAUCUGGAAGUCAGCGAUGCCGUAGGACCAGUGUUUCUUGAUCACCGAGAUGAGCUUGAAGGAACAUACAAGGUUUAUUGCCAGAAUCAUGAUGAGGCCAUCUCAUUGCUGGAAAUAUAUGAGAAGGAUGAGAAGAUCCAGAAGCAUCUUCAGGACUCCUUGGCAGAUCUUAAGAGCCUGUACAAUGAAUGGGGAUGCACAAAUUAUAUUAACCUGGGCUCCUUCCUCAUCAAACCAGUGCAGAGAGUAAUGCGCUACCCACUGCUGCUGAUGGAGUUGCUGAAUUCCACCCCCGAAUCCCACCCAGAUAAAGUGCCUUUAACCAAUGCAGUCCUUGCAGUCAAAGAAAUCAACGUUAACAUUAAUGAAUAUAAACGUCGAAAGGACCUGGUCCUCAAGUACCGAAAGGGUGAUGAAGAUAGCCUCAUGGAGAAAAUUUCCAAACUGAACAUCCACUCCAUCAUCAAGAAAUCCAACCGGGUUAGCAGUCACCUGAAGCACCUCACUGGCUUUGCCCCACAGAUUAAAGAUGAAGUAUUUGAAGAAACAGAGAAAAACUUCCGAAUGCAAGAAAGAUUGAUCAAAUCUUUUAUCCGAGACCUGUCUCUCUACCUCCAGCAUAUCCGGGAAUCGGCAUGUGUGAAGGUGGUGGCUGCCGUGAGCAUGUGGGAUGUGUGCAUGGAGAAGGGACACAGAGACUUGGAACAGUUCGAGAAGGUGCAUCGCUACAUCAGUGACCAGCUCUUCACAAAUUUUAAGGAGAGGACAGAGCGGCUGGUCAUCUCUCCCCUGAAUCAGUUACUGAACAUGUUCACGGGGCCCCACAAGCUGGUGCAGAAACGCUUUGACAAGCUUCUGGACUUCUAUAACUGUACAGAACGGGCAGAGAAGCUGAAGGACAAGAAGACCCUGGAGGAGCUGCAGUCGGCCCGGAACAACUACGAGGCCCUGAACGCCCAGCUGCUGGACGAGCUGCCCAAGUUCCAUCAGUACGCGCAGGGCCUCUUCAGCAACUGUGUGCAUGGCUACGCCGAGGCCCACUGUGACUUCGUGCGCCAGGCGCUGGAGCAGCUGAAGCCGUUGCUCUCGUUACUCAAAGUCACCGGCAGGGAAGGGAACCUGAUUGCCGUCUUCCAUGAGGAGCACAGCAGGGUCCUGCAGCAACUCCAGGUUUUCACCUUCUUCCCAGAGUCUCUUCCUGCCACCAAGAGGUCAUUUGAGAGGAAAACUAUGGACCGCCAGUCCACCCGAAAGCCGCUCCUGGGCCUGCCAAGUUACAUGCUUCAGUCGGAAGAACUCCGGGCCUCCCUCUUGGCAAGGUAUCCCCCUGAAAAGCUCUUCCAAGCAGAACGGAACUUCAAUGCUGCCCAGGACCUGGACGUCUCACUUCUGGAAGGUGACCUGGUGGGUGUGAUUAAGAAAAAGGACCCCAUGGGCAGCCAGAACCGCUGGCUGAUUGACAAUGGAGUCACCAAAGGCUUUGUGUACAGUUCCUUCCUGAAGCCCUACAAUGCACGCCGCAGCCACUCGGACACCUCCGUGGGCAGCCACUCCUCCACCGAGUCUGAGCACGGCAGCUCCUCCCCCAGGCUCCCCCGGCGGCAGAAUAGCGGCGGCACCUUGACCUUCGAUCCCAGCAGUGUGGCCGUGUCCUUUAGCUCAGGGCCUUCCCAGAAACAGCCUCCAGACACAUCUUCACUGACAGAAUUUGACCAAGGAACUCUCAGCGCAUCCUUGAACUCAGAGAGCAGCCCUUCCAGAUGCCCCUCAGACCCAGACUCCCCCUCCCAGCACGGGCCCUGGGACUCGGUAGACACUGCCAGAGACCUUCACCAGCCGGCUCCCACUCUGAGGAGCUCCCGAAACCCCAGGCAUGCAGAAAUGGCUGGUUACUCCGUGCCAGGGCGAAGCGGGCAGGGUAGAGACCUCGUAAAAGGAUGUGCAAGAACAGCCCUGUCUCUGGAUGACAGAAACGGACAGCUGGGAAACAGUGAGGCGGAAGGCAACCAGGUCUAUUUUGCUGUCUAUACCUUCAAGGCACGGAACCCAAAUGAGCUGAGUGUGUCAGCCAAUCAGAGGCUCAAGAUCCUGGAGUUUAAAGAUGUUACAGGAAAUACAGAAUGGUGGUUAGCCGAAGUUAAUGGGAAGAAAGGCUAUGUUCCAUCCAAUUAUAUCUGCAAAACUGAGUACACCUGAACCUGUUCUGCCUCCCAUUCAACCUUGCUGCCUUUGCUUCCUUCUGCUGAAGGGUCCUGGUGUCCACUGAGAGGGCGCCUGCUCUUGAGACACUGGCCCUGCCUGCAUGGCUUAACCAUGGCACAGUGGGGCACAAGAUAAGUCUUGCUCUCUUUGAUUGGGUUGUCAACCUUGAUGCUUGCUAGAAUUUCUAGAAUUUGAAAUGGACCCUGGGGCUUGCAAGUGAUUCAGUGACUGUGAGAAGAGAGGCCAAUCCUGGGGUCAGCUUUUGGAAACGAGAAAUUUCCAGUCCGAAGACCAGUAUCCAAUAUAUGCUGAAAGCUGUGCUAUAGCAUUAGAAGAAGUUGGCAUUGGUUGUGCCAUACUGAGUUUGGGGUGGCGCCAUGAUCAACUGACCGGAAACCGACUUGGAUGAAAAGAAUUCUCUGGGAGCCCUUUCAGGCUGCGCCUCUGCAUGUGGCAAGGAGUUUGUCGACCUUGUACCAAAUCUGGUGUUUUAAAACCUCAGUGUCUGGCACACAUUCACACACACACCCCUUAUUUCUAAAAGUCCCUAAAACGCUAUCACCUGUAAUCUUUUUCUUAUUCAUUUCACUGCACUUCCAGAUUGCUUGGGCAAGAUUCAGCUACUUUCUUUCUCCUUUUAAAAAAUGUUUAGGGUCUUUCUUUUCCUUGAACCUUCAUCUGAAAGGUUCUCUUCCCGUUAGGUGCUGUCCUCCACUCCUUGCUGACAGUCAUCUCUACUUUAUGUGGUCUGUGUGUGAUAAUGUCUCCUGGCCUCUCUCCUGAAGCUCAAUAUCUGAUAGGCUUUCCUAGGAGAACAGGAUCAGAGCUCCCGCCAUUUCAUUAGAGGGAUUCAUUCUGCGAUGGGCUGAAGCCAGUCCAGCCUGCUGGGAGACUGGAUGCCUCUCCCCUUCAUCCAAGCACACUGCUGUCCACAGAUGCAGAAAACAACGCGUGUGUCUUAUUUGAAUUCGGAUAAGCAGUCCCAGAAGUAGCUUAUCCUAGACUUGGAAAUAAGCAUUUUCUGUUUCAUCAGCCCCCGUGCUUCAGAGACCGUGGUCUAAGCCAAACAGAAUCUAAAGUGCCUGAUUGUGCCUCCCUCCACCUCAGGAAGAUAUUUACUAAUCCUAACACUAAGACUCUCUCCCUGAAGUUUCUAUUUGAGCAGGGCUCUGAUUCUUAAGGUCUGCCCCAGAUGGAAAGCCUACCUUGGAACAGGAAACUGUGAAUUUUGUCUUUUAAGAAAGGGAAUUAAGAACAGCCUUACAGCCCUUGCUCCUCCAAAUGCACCUUUGCCUUAAAGUUAUGAUGAAUUGGGAGACACCUGUGAACUCCUUGGCCCCCCUGAGUCUGCUGGUUGGUCAGAAGGAAGCAACGCAAGAGUCUCUUGUGAAUAGUGUUUAUAUCUAGAGAUGUUUAUAUUUAAGUAGUUAUUUUAUAAAUAAAAGCAUUUCUAAGGGCCAUGAGUAUGUUUUCUUGAUUUCCCUCCAUGUUUAGCCUGAACCUUCUCACGUUUCUGGGGGUAGCUUCUUGACAAUUCAGUGAUGCUCAGAUCCCAAGAGAUGGGAGAGACUAACUGAAGAAACUCAGGUCAAAAAUUCAUUUUGUCGGGACUUCCCAGGUGGCGCAGUGGUUAAGAAUCCGCCUGCCAAUGCAGAGAACACGGGUUCGAGCCCUGGUCCAGGAGAUCCCACAUGCAGCGGAACAAUUAAGCCUGUGCGCCACAACUACUGAGCCUGCGCUCUAGAGCCCGCAAGCCACAACUACUGAGCACGUGUGCCACAACUACUGAAGCCUGCACACCUAGAGCCUGUGCUCUGCAACGAGAAGCCACCACAAUGAGAAGCCCGCACACCGCAACGAACAGUAGCCCCCGCUCGCCGCAACUAGAGAGAGCCUGCGUACAGCAAUGAAGACGCAGCCAGAGAUAGAUAAAUAAAAUAAUUAUUUUUUAAAAAAUUCAUUUUGUCAAAUAUAAUUUCAGCAGAAUCACUCUAUACU